AUGGUGACGGCGCUCGCACUCCUGCGGACAGCUACGAAGCGAGCGACUGGACGCGUUCCAGCGCUCCAAAGCCUCCCGACUGCGCGCGGCUUUGCCUUUCGUCCGCGUCGCAACGGCAACGACGACAACGACAACGCGACGUAUGGCUCUCGACGCCGCCAUGCGAAGGACGCUGAGCCUGAAGAGGAGACCGGUGACCUGUACGACCCGUAUCGAGAGUACAUGGAGACUACAGGCGAGCGCGGGUACCGGGAGUUCAACCCGGACAAUGUGGACACGGAGGACUUCCAUCGCGAGUGGGAGGAGCCUGCGGCCAUGAUGGACGACAAGUCGUGGCCCGCAACGACGACCUCGUCGGACCUGUUCUUGGACCUGCUGAAUAUCCCGAGCGAGCCGCCGAGUGGCGAGAAGCUCGAGGCGAUCUUGACGGAAGCGUUUGCCCGCAUGGGCCACACGGGCCACAUUGACGACAUUCAGCUGCCGGAGAUGGACGUCGAGGUUCCAGCAGACCAUCCGGACAAGGAGGCGCUCGAGAUCAUGAAGCUGUCCAUGAUGAACAAUGGACGACUGAAGAUGGACGACAAGAACGAACUGCUUGCGUCGAUUAUUGACGAGCUCAAUUACUUGCACAAUGACAAGACGACGCUGUUCAAGGGACUCGAGGGCAUGGACGAGGACGCGGAGUAG